UUUCUUUUAGUUGCUUCACUGAAGCUACACAUUGUGUAUCUGUGCAUAGACGUCCUUAACUUGAACUGAUAGACUAGAGAGAGAAGGCAGAUAACUACUAAACAGCAGCCGCCGCCAACUUUGGGGCUAUUUUUUGUCUGACCGAAAAGUGUGAUUUAACUAUCACUCGUAGCGUUCCCACGGCUUUAAAAUGUGGAAGUCGUUUUUUGCAGCAACAGGACACAAACCAUGAAUCAUCGGAUUCGCAAUCCGAGAUCAUUAAUCAUUAGGCAACACACGGACUUGCAGGUUACUUGCUAGAACAUGAACUGUUUCCAGCCAAACGAUCCCAACCGCCAAGUUAGUAAGGAACUGGACAAACAGAUAAUAAAAUGGAUGAGGCAGUACAAGAAAACAAUCAAGUUACUUCUCUUAGGAGCAGGAGAGUCCGGAAAAACGACAAUUUUGAAACAAAUGAAAAUUUUACACUUAGAAGGAUUUUCGGAAAUAGAAAGGAAAGAUAAAAUUCAAGAAAUCAGGCAGAACGUCUUACAAGCAAUUAAGGAACUUACUGCCAAUAUGAAGUAUCUUCGACCACCUGUACAAUUAGCCAACUCGGAAAAUCAAGAAAGUUUAGAUUUUAUCCACAACUUAGAUAUGAUGGAUAAAUAUACCUUCCCACAAGUAAGGAUCAAAACUUCAAAUACAAAAAAUAUUCCUGAUCAUUAA